UUCGCAGCUUCAGACGGUUCCUGACAACGAAUUGGAGAUCUAGUCAAUUUGUGAUAAGAUAUUAAACAAAGUUGUUGAAUUUUUCUUUUACUGAUACUACUGACAAAAUAAAGAUGCCUCCGAAAACGAGUGGUAAAGCUGCAAAGAAGGCUGGCAAGGCACAGAAGAAUAUAACAAAAGGUGAUAACAAGAAGAAACGCAAGAGGAAGGAGAGUUACGCUAUUUACAUCUACAAGGUUCUCAAGCAAGUUCAUCCGGAUACUGGUGUUUCCAGCAAAGCUAUGAGUAUCAUGAACAGUUUCGUAAAUGACAUCUUUGAACGGAUUGCUGCUGAGGCUUCGCGUUUAGCUCAUUACAAUAAACGCUCAACGAUAACCUCACGAGAAAUUCAAACGGCUGUGAGACUUCUGCUUCCUGGUGAACUCGCCAAACAUGCGGUCAGUGAAGGAACUAAGGCCGUUACGAAAUACACGAGUUCCAAGUAAAUUUGAACGGGCUAUGCUGCUGAUAUAAUGACACAAGUCACCUUAAACAAACGGCUCUUUUCAGAGCCA